UAACGGUGGUAUGGCUUAAAGAGCUGCAUUAGUCCACUUCAUGACGCUCUGGCGUUGAAACCUUCAUGCACAUCUCUGACUGAGACUGAAAGUGUUGGCAUUCCUUCAACUUUUUCAUACAAAUCUCAAAAUACUUUUAAAUACAUAAAUACCUGAAUGUGGGACUGAAAAUAGUCAAAUAUCAGAAACGAUGAAGAUUGUGGGAGUGGUUUUUCAAAUUUCAACAGAAACUUGAGUUUUAGUCAUUGUGAAGUGAUUUUAAAUUAAAUUUCAAAAAAAAUUAUUUAGGAUUUAACAUUGCAAAGGAUUUUCCACGCGUUAACGAACAAAAUGACAAAAAUAUCGUGGAGCAACAUUCGCUGGAUCUCAUCCACGACGCACAAAAUCUUCGUAUUUCUUGUUAUAAUUUCCCAUUCAGUCAUCAAUUGCCAAAUUCCCGGAGAAUUUAACGGGUUUGUGCCCUCAUUCGGACCUGACGAUGGUGGUGGGCGUGCGUUAGGUGCGCGAAGUAAUAUCGGUAUCGGCGGCAGAUUAUCGAGAUCAUUUACAACAAAUGAUAUCGAGUUGUCCCCAGAAUUCGGUCAAGGGGAUUUACAAAGCAGCUUUUCAGCAUUGUUUGAUUACACCAGAGAAAUGCCAGCAAUUGACAUUGUAAACACAUUCCUGGACAAUGAAGAAGAGCUGCCAAUUCUACGCGAAUUGCAGAACAUUUGCCCCAGGGAAGACUUUUUUUACGGUCAAAACCCAUCACACAGGGGAGCAGCAAUGAGAAUCAUGAGGCUACUGAUAGAACAGAACAAUGCUCAGGAUGCAAUAUUGAUGGCAGCUACUUUAAGAGAUAAGCGUGAAGUUAACCCUAAUGCAUGGCUGCGAGGAGUGAUCGGAGCGUCGGUAUUCAGACAGGAUAUGCAAGGUCUUCGCAAACCAGCCAUUAUCGAAGUCAUGCCGGGUAUGCUUAUAAAUAACAGGGCGACAGGGGAAAUGAGACGACAGGCAUCAAUGGGUCCUCAAAGUCGGAAUUGCAUCCCCGUCGAUGGAUCUGUUGGCAGGGACAAUGGAAUUGAAAAUGCUCUGUGGUACUGGAGGGAAGACGUAAUGCUCAACUCUCACCAUUGGUAUUGGCAUAUGGCUUACCCAUUCACUCGAGAUAUGCCGCGACGGGACAGACGAGGUGAAUUAUUCGCAUGGAUGCAUUCAGAUUUCUUGGCACGUUAUCAUGCUGAAAGAUUGUGUCAUGGUCUUCAACCUGUGCUCCCACUCAAUUUGCAAAGGGGUACCAUUCUUAGAGAGCCCUACAACUCCCACUUAACUGAUAGCAAUUCUGGACGUCCCUGGACUCCACGACCCCCAAAUGUACCAAUCUCUGAUACCAUGUCCAACGCCAUACCUGACGCUCCUUUCUUCGUCUCUGUCGACAAUAGGACGAUUAAUCUUGGACGAAUUUUGGAAUCCAUUGCACUCCGAACAUUGUUGAGCGCAUUCCAAGGGCAAGUGCCAAUUGAUAACGUACAAGGGAUUGAUUUGCUCGGAGAUGUAAUAGAAGCGUCGGCCUUCUCCUUAAAUCCAGAAUAUUAUGGCUACUACGGAGUCCACAACACGGGUCACGUCCUUAUCAGUUUAGUAUUGGAUCCUGUCCAGGAACUCGGACUACCGCCUGGAGUGAUGGGUGACACUGCUACGGCCAUGCGAGACGUUAUCUUCUACCCUUACCACACAUUUAUGGAUGACAUUUAUGAAGCUCAUAAGCGAACACUUCCGCCUUAUCAACUCUCAGGGGGGGAUUGGCCUCUUGUAUUCGAUGGCGUGGAACUUCUCAAUAUCAAAGUGGUUGCACCAGGUCUACCGGCCAACAGUUUGGAAACAUUUUGGGGUGAAAGACAAUUUGAUUUGUCUCGGGGUCUCGAUUUUAAUAGGACUGCUGUACAAGGACCCAUUUUAACUUGUAUACGACAUCUGGAUCAUCUCGAUUUCCAGUAUCAAUUCACUGUGGAUAGUCAACGUGCGAGACGUGCAACGUUCCGAAUUUAUCUUGCCCCAAGAUUUGAUGAGAAGGGUCGGCGUUACGUGUUGGAAGAGCAGAGACGUAGAUUCUUUAUUUUAGACAAAUUUACUGUUGCACUUAACCCUGGAAUGAACAAAGUCGUUCGGAACUCGGCCGACUCCUUGUUAACCAUUGAUUUUCCCCAGAGUUACCGAGAACUUCAAACCGACGUAGCUAAUCAGACUCCAGAUUGUGGUUGUGGCUGGCCCCACCACUUGCUAAUUCCAAAGGGCACCCCUACAGGCAUGGCCUUCGACUUGUUCGUAAUGGCCACUGACGCCAGAUUGGACGCCGUUCCACAAAGCGGACGAGGAUCUGUUUGUCGCUCAGCUCCAAUUUACUGCGGCAUUGUGGGCGAACGUUACCCAGACGCAAGACCCAUGGGAUAUCCAUUUGACCGUCCGAUCUAUUCAAACAACAACAUUAACCCACUCGAUCCCCGGUUUGACGAUGUCCCUGGACCGAUAACGUUGGAGGAAUGGGUCUCCGAAGUGCCCAACAUGGCCGUGGCCAGGGUUGUCGUCACUCACAUUGAUGAAUUGAGAACAGGGUCAGGUGUCGGAUUCGCCGAAGGUAGUGGCGGCGGCGGACAAAGCUUUGGAUCCAGUGCUAGUGCAAAUGUUGACACCACUCUGCAAGAUGUCCUUCCCCCUCCAAACUCUGAUUUUUUCACAGAAUUCUUUCCUAGCACAAGGCCUGCCAAUAAUCAUCCCAAACGAUUCGCCCCCUCCAUAGACAGCCCAACGAAGGAGUUCAUGCAACUCAUUUAUGGCUAAGAACAAUUUUAGGACUAUAGAGUAACCAAUUUUAUAUUUUUGUUGAAAUGAACAACAUACAAUGCCAUACGAUAUUUCUAAUGUAAAUUUUACAUAAGUUAUGUUGUCAAAUGUAAUAAAAAUAAAACGUCAAAAGGUCGCUCAGGUGUGGUAUUAGGCGUAGACUGCAGCUUAUUAUAAUUUACGGAGAAUUGUUUGAAUUGUGAAUUAGUACAACAAUAAAUCAUUUAAACAAUUGA